AUGGAGGACGCUGAGAGGGAAGGAAGGCAGCAAACGUCCGUACCGGAGGAAAACAUUACUGCUAUGCCGUCAACUCCUGAAGAAUGGUUAUUAGUUUCAGAACAAUAUCAAGAGUUGUGGAACUUUCCAAAUUGCUUCGGCGCCAUGUAUGGAAAGCAUGUAGCACUACAAACGCCAAUAAACAGCGGCAGCGAAUACUAUAACUAUAAAUCACACUGUAGUAUUGUAUUAUUCGCUUUAGUUGACGCAAAUUACAAUUUUAUAUUUGCUGAUGCAGGCUGUCAGGGUCGAAUUUCUGAUGGAGGCGUGUUUAAACACAGUACACUAUAUAAAAGAUUACAGAGCAAUGACUUGCAGAUUCCUACAGCAAGAAGUCUACCAGGAAGGAAUCAGGAGGUGGAGUAUAAUUAUAUGAAUUAUUGCGCGAAAAAAAGAAGCGUGUGUGGACAAGAAAAUGGAUUGCAAGAAGAACAGAAUUUGGUGCUAGUAGCACACUUUUUAGAGUGGGAAGAUCCUAAUGAAUUCAGAGCACUUUUGGAAAUGGAUGUUGAGCCUUUCAAUGCAUUAUUGGAAAGUCUCACUCCAAUGAUACAAAAAGAAAAUACUGUCAUGAGGCAAGCUAUACCUGCAAGUAUUAAACUACAGGUACCACAGAACUAUCAAGAAUGGCAAAAGAUAGAAGCAGGCUUCAGAACUAGAUGGAAUUUUCCUGGUUGCUAUGGUGCUAUAGAUGGGAAACGUAUUGAUUCAAGCUCCUCCGAACUGUGGAAGUGA